AAAUAUUUAGCUAACAAGUAGAAAUAAGAAGAUGCGAGAUUUAAACUGAAUAUUUUCAGUUAAAACACAAACGAGAGAAUAGACAACAAACACAUGACUGAACCCUGAUUGGAUCAGGCGCUAAUGGACUCGGCAUACAGGAGACACUGAAAAACUAGUUUCCUAGGUCUCAUCAUGUUAAUGCUUUUCCUUCUCCUCCUGAUGAAAUCUGUAUCAUCCCUUCCCGAAAUUAUAAAAAUAGGUGGCCUUUUCGACAUGAAGGAGACUUUGUGGGGUGAGGAGCAUCAAGAGACUGCGUUCAGAUAUGCUGUAGAAAGAGUGAAUCUGGAUAAAAGAAUACUCAAAAGAUCUCGACUGUCUGCCCAGAUAGAGAAAAUACCGCCAAAAGAUUCCUUCCAUGCCUCUAAAAGAGUUUGUCAUCUGCUAAAGUCUGGUGUAGCUGCCCUGUUUGGACCAGAAUCUGGUACAACAUCUAGUCAUGUUCAAUCUAUCUGUGAUGCUAUGGAGAUACCGCAUAUAGAGACUAGAUGGGAUUAUAUGCUCAAGAGAGAUGAUUACUCAAUCAAUCUGUAUCCUAGUCCUAAACAGAUAAGCAAGGCCUUUGUUGAUAUUAUUGAAGCUUUCGAGUGGAAAUCCUUUACAAUCUUAUACCAGGACAGUGCAGGUUUGAUGCGUUUACAAGAAUUAUUAAAAUCUCCAACAAAAACUGAUGUAAAGAUUGUUGUAAGACAACUAAACUUUGUAGAGGGAAACAGUGAGAUACUGCGUGAUAUAAAGCAGAGUGGUGAGAUCCAUCUAGUUGUAGAUUGUCAGCUGGAGAGGGUUGGUCAAGUUCUCAAGGAGGCAGAACAGGCAGGAUUAAUGACAGCAUAUCAUAAUUAUCUAAUUACAAGUUUAGACCUACAUCUAGUUAAUCUACAGGAGUUCAAGUAUAGUGGGACUAAUAUAACUUCCUUCCGACUAGUCAAUCCUGAUAGUCAUUUAGUUCAGAGUGUUCUGAAACAUCAAAGAACCCCGAAACUUCAUUCUUCAGAUCACACAGUUAACAAUCAGUUUAAUGAAUCAUCAAUAAAGACUAGCACUGCUCUAAUCUAUGAUGCUGUAAUGCUAUUUGCUAUGGCUCUGGACAAUCUUGAUAAAUCCCAGGGUGUAGAGUUUAAGCGUAAUUUCACUGAGAUGUACACAGAAAUAGUAGAAAAUCUGCAGAACAAGACUCUAACCGUGACUACUAUUAGGAGUCAUCCGUACAGUAUGGUGACACAGUCUGUAGAGACUAAAGUUGGGAAUGCAGCUUUUGAAGGAUACGCCAUUGAUCUCAUUUCAGAAAUUGCAGAAAUUCUUAAGUUUAACUAUACCUUCAAAUGGGUGGAUGAUGGAGCAUAUGGAUUUAGAAAUAAAGAAACUGGAGAAUGGAAUGGUCUCAUGGGAGAGCUUUUAGCCCAGUUUUUCAGUAUCUUGUAUAAAAAGCCCCAAAAGAAGCCUCCAGAUCUUUUCUCUUUCCUUUCACCUUUAUCCCUUGAUGUUUGGAUCUACACUGCUACAGCAUACCUUGGAGUAUCCGUCCUACUAUUCGUCCUAGCCAGGUUUAGUCCGUAUGAGUGGGAUAACCCGCAUCCUUGUACUGAGGAACCGGAAGUUCUAGUCAAUGAGUUUAGUUUAUGUAACUCUAUGUGGUUCACCAUAGGAUCCCUCAUGCAACAAGGAAGCGAUAUAUCACCUAAGGCUAUAUCAACCCGAAUGGUUGCUGGAAUGUGGUGGUUCUUUACAUUGAUUAUGAUUAGUUCUUAUACUGCUAACCUUGCAGCUUUUCUGACAGUUGAGCGGAUGGAAUCCCCAAUAGAAUCAGCUGAUGAUCUUGCAAAGCAAACUAAAAUUAAAUAUGGCUGCUUGGAGUCUGGAUCUACAAGAGCUUUCUUCAGGGAUUCAAAGAUUCCAACUUAUGCAAGGAUGUCUGCUUUCAUGGAGUCACAGAAGCCUGCAGUUUUUACAAAAAGUAAUAACGAAGGAGUAUCCAGGGUUAUGGAGUCAGACGGACAAUAUGCUUUUCUAAUGGAAUCCAAUUCUAUUCAAUAUCAAAUAGAGAGAAACUGUGAGCUUAUUCAAAUAGGAGGACUCCUGGACUCCAAGGGAUACGGAAUUGCAUUUACACCAGGUUCCCCGUUCCGUGUUCCAAUUUCAAGCGCUAUCCUUCAGCUGCAGGAAGCAGGUCGUCUUCAUGAGUUAAAAACAAGAUGGUGGAAGGAGCGGAGAGGAGGAGGGCAAUGCCAGGAUAAUGCAAAGAAAUCCGCAAAUGAGCUUGGUCUAGACAACGUUGGUGGAGUUUUUGUUGUUCUCUUGGCAGGAAUGGGGCUUGCUUGUGCAAUUUCUGUCAUUGAGUUUGUUUGGAGAUACAAGAAGCUAGAGAGUAAAGUCAAUAUAAAGCACACUGAACUCGUGAAACGGGCAAUAACACAGACUAACACAAAUGUGUUUAAUAUAAACAGAUACGGCCCGCAUCAUAAUCCCACAAACGGCCAUUACAGCCAAGUUGCUCAGAGACCCGAUAUAACCAAGACAUCUGAGAUAGCUGUGAGUUCUGCCAAUAGAGACAUUCCUAUGUUGCCAUGUGAUCUCGAUCAACCAAUCAGACAUGUUAGUUCCAAGCAGACAAUGUUUCCACCAAUGAGUGGUCAGGAGAAGUUCUCUCAAAACCAGUUAGAAAGUGACUCAGACCAAGGCUCAUCCGAAUACCUAGAUAGAAGGUCUGAUCGAGGGAUAUCGAUUUCUAACCCAGCAUAUCAUAGAAAUGGGUCAAAUCUGAGAAGAUACGAACUUUCCAACUUUUAGCAUUGUUACAAACUGUAAUUCGUGAAUUUUAAAUUUAUUAUUGAUUGUUUGCAUAUAAGGAAGUAUAACCGGGAACCACAGACUAGAUAUAAACAGACUGCUCAUCAGCUUUCACGGCUGGAUUAAGUAGGCCUAUAGUCCUACCGUCAUAGCAUGCUUUAUUUCUACAGCAAGUUUUAUGACUGCCAUCUAACCGCCACUUAAGUUGCAUAUAAUACCCAUUGGCAUUCAUGGGUGAAGUUUUUAAUUUUUAAAGAAAUACUCUUUAACAUAAGACAAAAAUCCAUUUUUUAAGGUUUAGUAUUUCGCAUCUAAAGGAUCCUUUAAUAUCCCUGAGAGUAAAUGUCUGCUAUUUGGUCGUGUACUCCAGUUGUACACAAAUGAACGAGGGGUAGAAAAUCAUAUUCUAUUUUCUUGUGCUCCUUCCAGAAACAGCAGUACAUUAUCGUUGUAAACAAAGUAUGGGGUUUCUGGUAUAUAUUCCAUGGUUUCAUCUGUUUAAUUGCACUUUAAUCAAAGCUUUAACUAUCUUGUUCAGCACUGUUAAAUUUAUUAAAUACAGGGUUUUACAUACACAGACUUAGACUUCAAAGACGACUGUACAGAAUUUUUAUUGUGUGUUUUCUUAUAUUCAUAGUUCUCUGCAAUUGUAAACUUGUUGGCUUCUUUGCCAAAUGAUUAAAUUAGCCACUUAAAGGGAGUGACCGACAAUGUAUGGUAGUUGAACUGAGAAUGUAGUUUUGUGGAAAAAUUGUUUAUAAAUCGUUUUAAUAAUCUAUAAUUAGUGAGUCUGAGUGCAAAGUCAUAGAGCUGGGCAAAGUUCCAUUAACGAAGCGGAGGUUUUCGAAAAUUUAAUCGUUAACAAAAGGAAUUAGCUGUUUGUGAAAACAAAAUUAACAGUUGCAAAUGAAAACAAAGCAGAUUUUUUUUAUAACGGUGAAUUUUUUUUCUGCUAAAAUUCCAUGGAACUUGUAAAAUUUUUUUAACAUAUUUUAAGGUUUUUAAAUUUCGUCUUACGUCACAACCAUUAGGAUUUUAGAAACCGUUAACAAAAAUUUUGUUCUGCGCUUUGCGACUUUAACACCUUUAAUUUGGCUGGAGCUGUUAACGGUUGUUGAAAAUUUUCUGUUAAGCCCGUUAAUAAAAUUGAGAUCGCUAACUAAAAAAACGGAAAAUAUAAAAACAAAGUUUUGUUCUUACCCUUUAAUUCUAACGGCUACCGGAGAUUUUUUUGAAUAGUUGGAACUGCAAAGGCUUAAAAAAGUUGGAACGUGCCCAGCCCUACAAAUUCGGUGUUCCAAAUCAUCCAUUUGUGUGAUAACGUUUUAAGAAUCUAUUUUUUUAAAUCAUUAAAUAACGACGACAAAAAUGUAGAAAUACAGGAAACUAAUUAGAUUUUAAGGGACAUAUUUCUUAAUUGAAAUUUUCUCAAUAAAAUC